CAAGCAUAUUGCACUGCAUUACAUAAAACUAACAGUCGGCUAAAGGCUUCGUAAUAAUCGUGCAUCUGAGAGCAAUAGUGCUGCUCAGUGAUGGGAAAGGCAGGAGUGCUCUGCUGUCCUCUGCUGUUGGCUGAUGCUCAGAGAAGCGCUCUCGCAGCCUGUACUGCAGUUCCUACAAGACCCAAUCAAACGGAACGCUAACCACGGCACAAAUACGAAGAUGGGGGAGCGCAGCGCUACCAAACUGCGGAUUAUUGAGUCAAUAUUUGUCAGUCUAUAUUAAAAGAAAAUUAAACGCAAGAGAGCUAUGAUGAAGAUGCUGAUGAUACGCCAGGAAUCGAGCGCGAGACCGUUGAUCGCUCUCAUCAGAUGCUGAUGAUGGUCGCGCGACCUGCGUGAUUUCAUCCCGCUGGAGCUUCCUGGUUUCUUUGCAUCACCUUAUCUGAGUCCCAGCCAACCUGACAGAAUGAUUGAAGAAGGAAGUAAAAGCAGCAAAUCCAUGGUGGAGAAGAGACAGCUCUUCAUGGAGAUGAGGGCACAAAACUUUGAUGUUAUUCGUCUCUCAACGUAUAGGACAGCAUGUAAGCUACGAUUUGUUCAGAAACGAUGCAACCUUCACCUAGUGGACGUGUGGAACAUGAUCGAAGCUUUCCGUGACAAUGGGCUAAGCACGUUAGACCACAACGCAGAGAUUAAUGUGUCACGCCUGGAGACCAUUUUGUCCUCCAUCUUCUACCAGCUCAACAAGCGGCUGCCCACCACCCACCAGAUAAACGUGGAGCAGUCCAUCGGCCUGCUGCUAAACUUCAUCGUGGCCACUUAUGACAGUGAAGGCCAUGGGAAACUCACAGUGUUUGCUAUGAAGGCAAUGCUAGCUACGAUGUGUGGUGGUAAAAUACUGGACAAAUUACGUUAUAUAUUUUCCCAGAUAUCAGACUCGAAUGGAGUGAUGGUCUUUGCCAAGUUUGACCAGUUCCUGAGGGAAGUGUUGAAGCUCCCCACGGCAGUGUUCGAGGGGCCAUCAUUUGGCUACACCGAGCACUCUGUGAGAACAUGCUUCCCUCAGCAGAGGAAGAUCUUGCUGAAUACGUUUUUGGAUGUGUUGAUGGCAGAUCCACCCCCGCAGUAUCUCGUAUGGCUACCUCUCAUGCACCGACUCGCUAAUGUAGAGAAUGUCUUCCAUCCAGUGGAAUGUUCGUAUUGCCGGAGUGAGAGCAUGAUGGGUUUCCGCUACCGCUGCCAGCAGUGCCAUGGCUACCAGCUUUGUCAGAGCUGCUUCUGGCGUGGUCAUGCCAGCGGCCCCCAUAGCAACCAGCACCAGAUGAAGGAGCACUCCUCAUGGAGGUCUCCAGCAAAGAAGCUCAGUCAUGCUAUCAGUAAGUCUCUGGGCUGCAUGCCGAUCGGAGAGCCGCCUCACCCUGUGUUUCCAGAGGCAGCAGAAAGACCUCAGGACCUCGCACACAAUACUCAGCUGAGGCCAGUGGCCAACGACAUGAACGAUACCGUUCUCAUUUCCUCCGGGGCGCCCACGCCUUCAAAAAGUAGCACCCUUGAGAGUCCCAGCAGACUGGAUGAAGAACAUCGUCUUAUCGCGCGAUAUGCUGCUCGUCUGGCAGCGGAGGCCAGCAACUCCACUCAAUGCCCUCCAACUGAUCUGAGUUUCAACUUUGAUGCUAAUAAGCAACAGAGGCAGCUCAUCGCAGAACUAGAGAAUAAAAACAGGGAGAUACUGCAGGAAAUCCAGCGUCUGCGUCUCGAACAUGAACAGGCUUCUCAACCCACCCCUGAGAAAGCCCAGCAGAACCCCACUCUACUGGCAGAGCUACGGCUGCUACGGCACAGAAAAGAUGAGUUGGAGCGGCGCAUGUCGGCCCUUCAGGAGAGCAGGAGAGAACUAAUGGUCCAGCUGGAAAGUCUCAUGAGGCUGCUGAAGGACGAAGAGCAGAAACAGGCAGCUCAGGCGGGGAGUUCGCCCCACUCAUCUCCCAGCCACAGUGCCAGCUGCACCAUGCCUAUGCCCAUCCGCUCCACCUCAGCCGGCUCAACCCCUACACACACGCCACAGGACUGCCUGGCAGGGGUCGGAGAUGACGUGCUGGAUGCCUUCUCUCAGGGUGUACCAAGAAAUCUCCGUAAUGAUCUUUUAGUGGCUGCAGACUCAAUCACAAACACUAUGUCGUCACUAGUGAAAGAACUUCACUCAGUGGAUGACGGUUUAGAAGAAGAAGAGGAGAACAUGCGAAAUGGAAGGGAGAAGGUGUCAUCGCUGAAGCAUUCUGGGAAAAGGCACUCCACCCCUUCAUUCUAAGCCCCAGGAAAGAACCAGCGACAUCAAAAGCUCUCUGGCAUUCGCACAUAGACAAAUGCAUGCUCUUCCCCAGCUGGGUUUCACUAUGUGAAACCAAUUCUUCAUCAAACCUUGCACAGAGCAAAUUGUAUUUAUUAGGAAGUAUAUAAAUAUAUAUAUAAAUAUAUAUAUAUAUAUAUAUAUAUAUAUAUAUAUAUAUAUAAAUAUAUAUAUAUAUAUAUAUAUUAUAUAUAUAUAUAUAUAGCUCUAUGUCUAUCUGUAUAAACCCAUUGUUAUCACAUUACCCAUGAGAAUGGCUUGUUUGUGCUUUCUUAAAAAACCUUUAUGACUUUGUGAUUACUACUCUUUAAAACGAACGCACUGUGCAUCUUCAUGACGUCACUCAAAUGGAUCUAUGCUGUAGCUAUUUUUCCAGAUGUUCCCCACACAGGAAGCUUUUUUGUAUAACUAGUGAUGAUUUUUUUGUGUUUUAAUGCAUGGAGUGGCUCUACUGGAUAGAUGGAGAGGGUUCAUAUUUGCUCUGCAUGUGACAUUUAUUCCGAUCGAUUCGAGUGAUGCCUGCUCCUUGUAGUCUUCUGAUCAUCAAACUGCUGCUUCUGCAUCACACGCAUCAGAACCACCAUAUAUCAGGGACGUCUCGUAGAGCUCGCUGUUUGUCUGGGAUUUCUGCUACUGUGUUAAGUUUAGCCCGUCGUUGUGGCCGUUGUUUUAGCACUUCGGUAUUGCCUCUUAGUUUAGAGUAUCGCAUAUAUAUAUAUCUCUGUAUUUUUGGAGAGCAUAAAGGGACUUUAAUGGAAUACGGAUAUAUGUUCCGUAUAUCCAUAAACCAGCUUAGCCAGCCAUCUUUUGAGUGCACACGUCUCUGUAAAAGUUAUUUCAAAAGCUUUAUUGAGUUUGUUAUUGUGUAAACUCGUAUGAAAUAAAUGAAACCAGUGCUCAGGGACUGUUGAGAGAGGAACACGGUAGCAAUGCUUGUGAACAAAUGGGUGGAAUUUAGUUUGACACCACGAAGGUCAAAUGUCAAAGAUUAGCACAGGUCAUAAAAACUUUAUGGAACAGCUGAGUGUGGAAAACAGGAUCGUUGUAUGGAAGCCUGUCUCUGCCACAUAAGACAAAAUGCAUAGGUAAACCAAUAAUUAUGGCAUGAAAUGUGAUAUUAUGUCAUAUUAAGUCAUAACUAUGAGAUAAAAGUCGAAACUGCCAUAGUCAAAAUUAUGAGAUAACAGUCAUAGUCAUAACAAAAUGUUGAAAUUAUGAGAUAACAGUCGUAAUUAUGACAAGUCAACACUGAGAUAAAAAUUCUUGCCAUUCAAUUAUGCCAUAAAAGCGUAAACAUAAAUAUAAGAUAAAAAGUCAAAAGUAUGAGAUAAAAAGUCAAACGUAUGUGGAAUCAUAAUUAUGACAAAAUCCAAAUUUCAACUUUCUAUCUCAUAAGUUUGACUUCUUACCAGAAUUAUGACUUAGUGUGUCAUAAUUUCAGCUUUUUUGUAAUUAUGAUUUUUAGGUCAUAAUUAUGAUUCAGAUUUACAAAAACAAAGGCUUCCAUAGUUUUGCGCAUCAGGCGGUGUUAAGAAGAGGACAUGCUUAGAGUCCAAAGCUUUAUUGUCAUGAGGAAGACAGUUUGACUUACUGUACUUGAAUCAGAAGGAAUUCAGGUUCAAUAAUUACAUUUAUCUAAUUAUUCUAAGUAUGUAAUUUUGUUAUACUCGUGAUUUGUUCUUUGUUAGUUUGGUUUCAAGUAAGAAAUAAUAACCAUUAUUUAAAAAAAAAAGUUUUGUUUAUGACUGCUAACAUUUGAAUGUUAAAUUAAAUCCAUUGAGCAACAGUUUGAAGUGAGUUUUGGUGUAGAAUAUUCAAAUCCUUUUACAUUUAUGAGAUUCAAUAGAUGAAAUGAUUCAUUCACUAUUACUUUUCUAAUAUGCUUGUAAUUGUGCAUAAGGAAGUCUUCUGAAUGGCUACAAUAUGAACAGUGAUGUUUUACACUGGAAAAAGUGUUGCUUCUGUUAUAGUGAGUGCAAUCAUAUAUAUUUGCCUUUUCAAAUCAGAUUUUACAUGAUCAUAAUGCUUGUUUUGUGUUUCAAGGAAAGGAAUAUACAGUGCAGUUGGGAAUUUAUUGUCAUUGGUUAAAUUUGCAAAGUACAGCUUGAACGACAGCGUACAAAAUACUCUCAGAUGACAAGUUUGAAGGUUUGAUUAUGUUCCAACAUUUGCUACAAAUAUGAAUGCAAUCUUCUGAUGUAGGUGUGUGCCUAGAUGUACUGUAUAAAGUGCUGUAUAAAAUAAAAUAUUCUGCACAUGUGCAAGUCAGCCCUUAAAUAGAAGUUUUAGUAUGUGACUUAGUCGGAAUGCAGUCAUUAUUUACCUGUGAUCUUUGGGGAAAAAAAUAUUGUUCUGCCUUUAAAAGUUGUGCCAAACUGUUUGCCAACCUGUAGUGUGUCCUUUAGGUAUUUGUUCUGUGUAUUUGUGUGUGUUAAAACCACAAUUUAUUGAUUAUGAAUUUACUGAAGCAGUCCACAGAGAGGGUAACUAAUAACGGGGUGCCUUAAAUGGUUGAAACACAAUACAGUUUAAGUGGAAGGAACCCCGCUUGUAAUCAAAUUCAAGUAUCAUCCCAAAUUUAUAUGUUACAGAUGUGGCUCCAACAGAGGACCUCCUUUUUCAUCAAAGUUAGACGAAACAAUAUUUCAAGAACAAAAUCCGCAAUCAGGUUUUCAUUUCUUUGGCAACUCAUUAUUUUAUUGUGUUUAAAAACCCAAACUGUCAGCUGAAGCUACGAACACUGUUUAAUUAUUUCAUUUGAUGGCUUUGCUGCUGUAUACAAUCAUUGAUUGCAAAGGUUUACGUUCAUAUUUGUGUUUACGUCACCCCUAUGUCUUUUUGUAUACUAUUAAAGGGUAAAAUAUAUGAAAAAACUUCAAAGGACACA